CAGGCUAUGGUGUGUUUGUUUACAAACUACAAUUUUAGAAAAAUUAUUUUCUUAUAUAUCUUCUGUAUUUAUUUAACAAAGCAAAAUUGCAGUCAACCAAAAUGAAGACUUUUCCCCAACUUUGCAGAGGAUGAUCAGGUCUAUAAAGACCACCGGCUUUAAUCAGAUGAUACUACUAGGAGUUAUGCUGUCAACGUUAACGCACCUUUGUACAUGGGAUCUCCGAAUAUGACGUCGCAGUGGCAAAGUUUUUUAUUAUUUUACUUUAAAAAUUACAGAAAUCUUUUAUGUGUGUAUUCUUAGAAAAAUUAAAAAAUGUAUAAAUUUUUAUUAUAAAUAAUAAAAUAUAGUCCUUAGUUCGCCCACUAUACCCAUGCGAUGUCUGUGAGCUUAUAGUGAGAACCGCUGCAUAAAGAGUAGUAGAUCCAAGAUAAAUUUGUGAGAUAAGGAAUAAGGUUAAAUUACAACCAACUUUUGCGAUAAUACGAAUCAACAAUGAGUUUAUUGCCACACCUACCUUUGAAUGAGAUAAACUCCGUAAAUUCAGCUUCGGGUUUGUCAGAGAACAAAAAGUUGUCAGAAUCUAAAACAAAAAAAGUUUGCAAUGAUCCACACCAAUUCAGUGAAGGUUCGAGUAUGUGUAAGAUGUACGCAUUGAGCGAUCAUAACUAUACUACACAAAUUCAAAAAUUAUCCCAUGAUAAUUUAGACGCCAUUCGAUCCAUGCUUCUUAGUGUGGUUUUACCUAACAGAAUUAUGGUUAAACAUAUUCCAACUGACAUAUAUAACUUUAUUGAAAACACUAUAAAUAACUUGAUAUUUUAUAAACUGGAAUACACAAGUGACUUGGAUGAUAAAUAUUUUUUUGAGCCUGUGGACCUUAAAAAUGUGCAGCAAUAUGAUAUUAAACCGAAAAGUGGACUAGUGCCCAUAUUGCACGAUACCAUGAAUUUUGCGAAGCAGUUAUUUUAUGACUCGAAAAAAUUUUUACUUGAACCAGAUGAAAAAUUUAAGGAAUGGGUAACUAAUAAAUUAAAAGAACUUAAAGAAAUAUCUAACAGCCUCAAAAUGUAUACCUCAAAUAUGGAAAAUUCCAAAAAGUCUAAACAAUUAUUGAGGAGUCGAAACAGAAACAAUAACAAAGCCAAACGUAAACUGCUCUUAGACUCAUCUGCUUCCUCUAAAACGGAUUUUGAUAUAAAAAGCAGCUGUAAUGAAAUAAAUAUAGAAACUUCGUCUGAAAAAAGUUUAAAUUUAAAGUUUUUAUCCGAAAAUGAUUUUAGUAAAUAUACAAUCUCACAAAAAAACUUUUCCGACGGCAUUGAUCUUUUUAAAUAUAUAAAACUAGACAUUCAGCUUAAACCUAUUGCGCCAAUUUCAGUCAAAUCAAACACCAACACACGAAAAAAAUCAACCGAUUAUGAGACGGAUAGAGAUAUUGAAAGAUUAUUUGAUUUAAAACCGUAUUCAAAGCAAUUGCAACCUAAGCUUCGGAACGUAAAGACUAUCGAUAUUUCAAAAUCUUUAGAAAUUAAUAAAGGUAAUUAUUUUUCGGGCACAGAAGAAGAUAUGGAGCCUUUAGCAAAAAAUACGAUUGUUGAAAGUGAAAAAACUAUCAUAACCGAAGUGGAGUACGUAUCCCGAUACAAUGAAGAAAUAAAGAAUCAACUCUUGAAUGAUUCAAACAGUGAUUCCGGACUUUCGAAUGGAAGCUUUCAUGAAUAUUCCAAAGAAACGUCUUUAGAAAAAGGUGGAACUAGUACGAAUAUUGUUGAUAGAUUUCUGACAGUAUUUAAAACUGAUGAAGUUCGUUUUCUUGAAGAUGCAACUUGUUUGGAUUCGGAUUUAAGCAAGGUUUCAGAAAGUCAAGAUACUUUUGGAUUAAAAUCGCAUUUAAAUAACCAAGGACCAAAAUCUUUUUCUAGAUUAGAAUUAGGUAUUGAUUUAUGUAAUAAGCGAGACGAAAUUGUGGUAAGUUCUGAAAGUGAAUAUUCUGAAUCUGGAGGUGAUUCUAUUCACAAACAACGAUUAAAACCAAUGCUUCGAGUAGAUCAAUUAGCUAAUGAAACCAGAGAUGCUCAAAAAAAUGAAAGUGACAGAAUUCGGCGACUUGAAAAAAAAAAUAAUUUGCUUUCUAAAGCAAUGAAGACCCAUUUUAAAUUAACACAUAAAUCUGAUCUUAUUUUGGACUACAUUGGAAAAACUAAAACUUUUAUUAAAGUAGACCGAAACAUAGUUAAACAUUUAAAGUCCCAUCAGAAAGAUGGCGUAAAAUUUAUGUAUGAUUCAUGUUAUGGUGGCGUAGAUUUGACUCAUAAAAAUUCGGGAUCCGGAUGUGUCUUAGCUCACUGUAUGGGGCUAGGAAAAACUCUUCAGCUAAUUGCUUUGCUGAACACUGUUAUUUCUUAUAAAGAAUUAAAUACUUCGAAAAUAUUAAUUCUUUGUCCUAAGAGUACAGUUAUGAACUGGGCUGACGAAUUCGAACACUGGAUAUGUCCAUUAAAAGAUAGUAAGAAAGUAAAGGUUUUUAUAUUUCCGGAUUCAUGCGAUGUUGUUGAUAAGCUACGUAUUUUAGAGGAAUGGUCUCUAUCUACACAUGAAAAAGCUGGUUGCUUGUUAUUAGGAUAUGAGGCUUUCCGUACUCUUGUGUUUUACCAUUCAUACAAAUAUAAAGGAUGUUCCACUUAUUCCAAAUUGGAGAGCAUUAGAGAUGCAGUAAAAAAAUAUUUGUUAAAUCCAGGCGCAGACAUUGUUAUCUGUGAUGAAGGACAUAUUAUUAAAAACAGCAGAUCAGCAAUAAGUCUUGCGGUGGCAAAAAUAAAAACCAGAAAGCGUAUUAUAUUAACUGGAACACCAAUUCAAAAUAAUCUUAAGGAAUAUUACAGCAUGGUUAAUUUUAUAAAACCAUUAUACCUUGGUACCGAGCGAGAAUUUGCUAAUUUAUAUGCAAAUCCUAUAAAAAACGGACAACAUAAAGACUCCAGCAAAAAAGACAUUACUGUAAUGAAGCAAAGAUCGUAUGUAUUGCACAAGAAGCUUUCUAAAUUCGUUCAGAGAAAGGAGGCCGAGCUCCUAAAAACAUUUUUACCUGAGAAGUUUGAAUACGUGUUGUUUAUUCCGAUGACCGCAGUUCAGAACACACUGUAUGAGUAUAUUCUGGAAGCUAUUUCAAAACGAGAUGAUUGUAGGGGAAAAAGCCUUAUAACUGAUUAUACGGUUCUAAGAAAAAUAUGGACUCACCCAAAAGUUUUGGAAGAUGCUUGGAAAAAUGCUAAUAAGCCAAAAACCAAAAAGGAUAGCAAAAAAGUUUCGAACUCCGAUGAAGAUCUACCAGAUGAUAUAUAUGAUAGUCAAAGUGGUGUAAUGUCGGUAACAAAUGAUUGGUGGCGACGAUACCUAACAAAAAAAGACUUAAAUACCAUUAUACCAAGUAAUAAGCUCCGUGUAAUGUUUUCCAUUCUGCGAAUGUGUGAAGAAAAAGGAGAAAAGUGUCUCAUAUUUUCAGCAUUUGUAGCUGUACUUAACGUGGUUGAAUACUUUUUACAAAAAAUGUCCGAGUGUGAGGCCGAUUUACUUCAUCUAGGCCAUAUAUCGUCAAACCAAAAAAAUGCAAAUAAAUGGAUCAAUGGCCAAGAUUACUACAGAUUAGAUGGAAAAACGCCUAAAAAUAUUCGUCAUGAAAUGAUAAAAAGAUUUAACAGCGACGCCAAUAAGCGCGCACGAGUUUUUUUAAUUUCGUCUAGGGCUGGAGGUCAAGGCAUAAACCUAAUUGGCGCAAACAGAGUCAUUAUUUUGGAUACCUCUUGGAAUCCAUCAAAUGACCAACAAAAUAUUUUUAGGGUGUUUCGCCUGGGUCAAAAAAAAAAUUGUUAUAUAUAUCGCCUUUUAGCAAUGGGCACAAUGGAAGAAAAAGUUUAUUCUCGCUCCGUUACUAAGCAAGCUAUGAGUUUUCGUGUUGUAGAUGAACAACAAAUAGAUCGACAUUACAACAUGGCGGAACUUGCGGAACUCUACACGUUGUCAAUUCCACAAAGUAAUGAGAGAACUAUGCCUUUGCUUCCAAAAGAUACGGUAUUAGCUGACUUGCUACGACAAACCGAUUUGGUUUAUAAAUAUCAUGAGCAUGACAGUCUUUUAGAAAAUAAAGUCGAGCAAGAAUUAAGUGAACAAGAAAAGGCAGAUGCAUGGGAUACGUAUGAAAAAGAACUCCAAAUAAACUAUGUCCAAAAAGAACAUAUGGAAGCAGAAAAUCAAACACUGCCGCUACAAUCAUACUUGGGAGCAUUGAAAAAUGUGGAUAUGCAAACCUUGGUAAACUAUAGAAUUCAGCCAACAUCAAUGGUGCCUCUUUAUAAUUAUAACAUAAACCGUUAUAUGAACGACUACAAUUACUACCAGAAUUUAAAAAUGAAUUCAUAUAUUAAGGAAAAUAAUUUUGAUUCAUCAAUAUAUAGUUUAAAUUCUUCGUUUACAACUUCACAAAACAUUGUGUCUCAAAUGAGUUGUGUAGAAGGCCAAUGCGACAAGAUACCAGAAAAUAAUAUUUCCCCAUACGAACAAUAUAGAAGUAUUAUGGAAACUUCAUUAAAUCAAUUUUUUUUAAAUCAAAGUUAUAUAUCCAAUAUUGAGCAAUUGAAAGAAGAAAACAAAAAUUCAUUUGUAGAAAAAUCAAAAACAAAUUUAUACAAAAACUUUUCUCAAACUUUUAAUGAUAAGCGUCCAUUGCCUACGAGUAUUGGUUAUGAAGAUAUUUUACAUUUGAAUGAACUUUCUACAAUUAUUAAAAAUUCCCAAGAUACAAAUAUACAUACAGCUAUAACUCCUGAAAAAAAAAAUAAUAACUUCCUUGUUGAGAAAAAUUUAAAUCGCCUUGGUUCCGGUAAUAUGUCAAAUAUGUUGAGUGACGGAUCUUCCAAAACGGGUUCUGGCGACAAUUCAAAAAAUAAAUUAGUAACAUUAAAUGCAUACAAACAGGAUCAUUCAAAUGUGAAUAAAGAGCACAAACAUUUAAGCAUAAUGACUAUGGAUUUAUAUCAAACUUCAAAAGUAAAGGAUGUGCCAAGUUGUAGUAAAUCAGUCAAAAAACCUUUGUUUAAAACAAACAAUCUAUCAAGUACUCUCGAAACUCAAAUAAAAGAAAACCAUGUACUGACAAAAGUAUCAGAAAAUCAGGAAAAAGUUAUGUCCAGUUUAUUUGUAACAAACAACUCACAAAAAAAAAGUAACAUGGAUAUAACCAAAGAUGUUUGUCUUAAGGAUAAUGACGACAUUAUCAAGGAAAAAACACCUCCAUUAGAAAAUAUAAAUAUUCGAAACUCUGCGAAAAAUAACGAUACAUCAAUACGGACCAAAAAUGUGCGGAGAUUAACAGAAGAUGAAACACACAUAUAUUUGAAGCGACCUAAAUUUUAAUAAAUUUGAAACUUUAUCAAACCACUCCGCAAAUGUGCGGAGAUUAACAGAAGAUGAAACACACAUAUAUUUGAAGCGACCUAAAUUUUAAUAAAUUUGAGACUUUAUCAAACCACUAAGAAUAAGUAGAAUUAAAACCAUAAACAAUUAAAGUAAAAUGA